UUCUUCCUCUUCUUCUUCUUCCACCUGCAACCAGAUCUCUAACGAUCCCUUUUCAUUUUUCCCGCCCAAUUCAAUUUCUCUACACAGAUUCGAUCACUCUGUAAAACCCCCAAAAAACCUCGAAAAGAGGGCCUCAUCGAUCGCUUUUCUCAAUUCUACUCAAAUUACAUCCAAAUUCACUGGGGUUUGCUUUUGAUUUGCUUCGAAUUAGUCAACGAUUGCGCCAGAUCAUGCAACAGCAGCAUAAUCAUAAACAUCCCUUCUUAAAACGUCAGCUUCCUUUCACCUCAAUGAAGCCGCCGCCCUUCGGUGACUAUCAUCGAUUCUCCACCUCCUCAUCAACUACUGCAGGGCAUCAUGAAUCCGAAGCCAUAGUCGUAAAAUCUCCUCUAUUAAAGAGGAAAGGGGAUGCAGCAACAUUUGAAGCCGAAUCUAAUGAGCAGAACCCCAAUCCUGGAAACGCGUUAGCCAUUAGCAGUCCUCUACAGACCCCCAUGUCUGGAAAAUUGUCAAAAGCACAGAAAAUUCCAAGAAUUGGAAAGUGCAACAGGGCUGGAUCUCAAACUUCUGCAACCAAUACUGAUUCUCCAUCAGGAAAUAAUCUUACUCCAGUUGGUCCCUGUCGUUAUGAUAGCUCUCUAGGUCUUCUAACAAAGAAAUUCAUCAACCUUAUCAAGCAUGCAGAAGAUGGUAUUCUUGAUUUAAAUAAAGCAGCAGAAACAUUAGAGGUACAGAAGAGGCGGAUCUAUGAUAUAACAAAUGUGCUAGAAGGAAUUGGUCUCAUAGAGAAAAAACUGAAGAAUAGGAUUCAAUGGAAGGGACUUGAUGCAUCAACGGGGGAGGUUGAUGAGAAUAUUACUAGUUUACAGGCAGAAGUUGAAAAUCUUUCAGUGGAGGAGCUUAGAUUAGAUGAGCAAACAAGAGACAUGCAAGAGAGGUUGAGGGACCUGAGUGAAGAUGAAAACAAUCAAAAGUGGCUUUUUGUCACUGAAGAAGAUAUUAAGAGCCUACCCUGCUUCCAGGAAGAAACCUUGAUUGCAAUUAAAGCCCCACAUGGCACUACUCUAGAAGUUCCAGAUCCUGAUGAGGCUGUUGACUAUCCUCAAAGGAGAUACAGAAUAGUUCUAAGGAGCACUAUGGGCCCUAUAGAUGUUUACCUUGUCAGUCAAUUUGAAGAGAAGCUUGAGGAGAUGAAUCGUGCUGAGCCGAACUCAAGCAUACCUUCAAUGAUGGAGAUGAUUGAGAAUCCGACUACAGAAACAGCAAUGGAGGCGAGCCAAGAACAUGGGGUUGGGAUGCAAACAACAGACACUCAAGCAUGUUCAGAUGUAAAUGCAUCAGAAGACUUUGUUAGUGGGAUUAUGAAGAUUGUUCCAAAUAUUGACAGUGAUGCAGACUACUGGCUUUUAUCAGAUGCCGAUGUUAGCAUUACUGACAUGUGGAGAACGGAAUCUAGUGUUGAAUGGAACGAUAUGGGCAUGCUUCCUAAUGACUACGACAUGCCUGUUGUCACCACCCCACAUCCCCAAACACCAACUUCAGAAAUGCAUUCUGAUGCAAACCCUACAGGGUAAGAUUUUACAAUCUUAUUCUCCAAAAUACAAGAUGACUCAAAUGUGAGAAGUACAGGUGUGGUAUGGUAUGGCAUGAAGGAUGGCUCCUUGCUGAUUAAUAAAAAUAGGGGUAGUGUUUUGUAAAUAGUUGAAGAGUUUGUAGCCUUUGUAACAUAGCAGCAACAAAAGAGGAUGAUUGCAUGUUUUGCACUACUAGCUAGUAACUUAGUAGUAUUGUCAUUAGCAAAUUUGCAGGCUCAUUAUGGAUUUUGUGUUGCCUAUGAA